UUAGCUUUUGUGUAAAGUAUCUACAUAUCGCUAUGAUUUUAACAAAAUGGUCAAGUAAAAUGAUUUGAAAAUCCGGUUUCUUUCGAAAUAAAUUUUGCGAUUGUUACCUCCAAAAUGGCAAAAUGGCGUUGUAUAAAAAAGAUUCUGUUGAAGUUUGGAAUUGUAGUGUAAAACAAAGUGAUAUAUAUUCAUUGAGAAAAUAAAACAGUCGUAAAAUAUUGGGAGAAUGAAAGUGAAACCAUCGUUGUUCCCGUCUUUAUGGAUUACUUAUAUAGCAAUAGCUUAUCCUCGGAAAGCAGUUUUUGUGGACAACAAAAGAAAUCCGCUUUAAGUGUGGUGUAUACAUAUGUGAGAGUAAUAAAACCUUACGAUGACGUCUAGCUGCACUAACAAACCUGAGAUAUCAAUUUUUCCUGGCUCUGAUCUACCGUACGCUAUGUUAUCGAAUAAGCAGUCAAAGUCGCAGGAUAGCGACAUUAGGAUUAAUGAACCGCAAUCAAACAAAGGCUCUGUUAUAAAAGGUUUUAGUAUCAUGGGAAAUGUACUGCAAAAAAUGACUAAAAUGGCUAAAAUCCUUAUUCCAGCUGAGUUACAACUAGAUUCUCUUGAAAAGAACAAGCGCUUGUUGUUUGUUCCAGAUAUUGCUGUAGACUCUAAUAUAAGUACUCCCGUCUUUGAUACUACACCAGGAAAAGCUAAGCUGUCAAUUCCAGAACAGCAUGAUCGCAGUGCAUUUCUUGAGAAUACUCUUGGAAGCGAGCAUAUAAUAAAUGCUUCAAGGAACGUGAAUGAAUCAAAUAUAUUAAAAAGGAUGGAUCAACACACGCAUGGAAAGGGGUUUUCAGCCACAAAUCAAAAAACGCGCAAAAGGCAGAUGCGAUACAAAAUGGGUAUCAAAAACCAUCAUGAAAAAAAUCGUCACAAUCUCCAAGUGGACAUGUUGGAAGAUUAUCGUCACGAUGCAAAUUACAGUGAUCAAGAUUCAGAUACAGAAUUUAAUGACGCUAUACAGCAUGUUAAUUUCGAAGUACAGCAUACUAUAGGUUCUAUUAUUACUAAUGAAAGUGCUUCGGCGUGUUCUUUGUUCAACGCAACUAUUCCUGCAUUUGAAUAUUCUGUUUACAACGUUGUAUGCAAUUUACCCCGAACGCAGUCAAACGACCAAAUAUCGGAGUGUGGAAGUGACGACAGUUUUGUGAUAUUCUCAGACGAUGUACAACAUACAACACCUUCGGCGAGUUCAACAAGGCAGAAGCCUAUUUGUGCAACAAUCAACAAUAUCUUUUCUGCAGCGUCUUUUAGGCGACAGCGACAAAUAUCUGAAUGUAGCGAUGAUAGUAUAGUUUUCUGUUACGACAGUGAUUACGAAGAUAUCAACUGUAAAGUCACUAAGGAUACAGCCAGUAAGGAUGACCAAGAUACAGAAAAUGAGAGUUGUUGCAGAACGAGUAACAGUGAUCUUUCUCAGCAGCUAGAUUCGGGAUUCGAAGAAAAAAAGGUCCGAUUUAAUCUUAAACCCGAGGUCCAUGUAAUCCGAGUUUGGGAUUUCGCAUACAGACAGGCACGGAAAGGUGAAUGGGAGACAGCAGCGAGAGAUAGAGAACGAUUUAGAAAGCGAAUUGAAGAGACAGAACCAAUAUUAAAACCCGUGUUUGACCGCUGUGUACGCGAAACUGUUUUUCGUGCUAGAUUUUCUAGUUAAUAAUAACACAUUCGGUCUAAAUGUAAAACAAAAGUGAAUGUACACGCAUAUAGCGAAAAAUAAAAUGUAUAAAGUUUCAAAAAUUUGCUGGUAUAAGUACAGCUGAAUCUUGUAUAAAUAUUUAUGUGUGGUAGAAAAAGGAUUACGACGCAAUCAGAGAAUAUCGGGUUAGAAUUAUGUCAACUUAUAAACAUUUUCAAUAUAUAUAUUAUAGUGUUUCAAUAAAAGCUUUA